GAAGCUCUGGACGGGGCAGACACGAGCAGAUUUCAGCCCAGAGGUCUUCGCUGGACCUGGCGACGGCGGCGUCGACGCUUUCGAUCAUCCUCAUGGCGAGGAGCUGAGAAAAGGGGGAGAAAGGACGCGCGGUGUCCGUGGGAUGAGCCACCUGCUGCCCUGCGCCACGCUGACACUCAUGGGACUGCUCCUCGCCAGGACGAUGGCCUGGACUUCCAGCGGAAAGACGCACCCCGAGCUGGUCAACAACCUCUACAAAAAAGGAAUAAUUAAAUCCCAGCGGGUCUUCGAUGUGUUACUGGCUACUGACAGAGGCCACUACAUCAAAUAUUUCCCAUACAUGGAUUCUCCUCAAUCUAUCGGAUACAAGGCUACAAUCAGUGCACCACAUAUGCAUGCCCAUGCACUGGAGUUGUUGAAGGAUCAGCUUGUGGAAGGUGCAAAAGCACUGGACGUCGGAUCCGGGAGCGGAUACCUUACAGCUUGCUUUGCCAGGAUGAUGGGCCCAACAGGGAAAGCCGUGGGUGUGGAACACAUUAAAGAGCUGGUGAACGAAUCCAUCAGAAAUGUCCAAGAAGACGAUCCGACUUUGCUCAGCUCUGGCCGUGUAAAACUUGUGGUUGGAGAUGGCAGGCAGGGAUACCCCGAGGAGGCUCCUUACGAUGCUAUUCACGUCGGGGCAGCAGCACCAACAGUACCAAAGGAGCUGCUGAAUGAACUGAAGCCGGGAGGUCGGCUGAUACUGCCCGUGGGCCCUGAGGGUGCGAACCAAGUCCUGAUGCAAUACGACAAAACCAGCGAUGGGGAGAUCGUCGAAACCCAGCUGAUGGGUGUGAUCUACGUUCCUCUGACGGAUAAGGAAAAGCAGUGGCCUCGGGACGAAUUCUGACAGUGGGAUGGAUAUCUCUAAGGUCACCUCAGAAAGCUCACGGACGGGACUCGGACGGCCUGCAUGGCUUUGCUUUUUGAGCGGGAGCUCUGGCAGUGGCUGUGCUCGCGAAGGCGAGCGCUGCUUCAACAGAGCUCGGGACGGAGAAAAAGGCUGCGCCUCGGGCAGAGCCGGGUCUGGCCGCGGGGCUUUGAUCCGGCCGAGCCCAGCCCCAGGUGACUCCUGCAGAGAGCUGCAGGGGCAGGCGGGCUCACACCUCCCCGCAGCCACCCCCUAACAGCGACCCUCUAACGCUUGGAGAAUAAACAAGGCGCCCUUACCGGCUCGGGGCACGGUGCCCUGACCGAGCUCAUUUA